AUGAUGAAUACUAAAGAUAUUGCAUUUACCUUAUUCUACUUGUUCUUUAUACAAGGUUUCAUAUCUGGUAUAGUUGGUGGUGGUGUAGAAUUUGGUAUUGCAUAUGGUAUGUAUCAUAAUUCAAAAAAUCUGGUCAAGCUAUGGAGUUUCCCAAACACUUUAUCUGGUGAUUGUGCAUUAACUUUCUUCGUACAAAUCGGUGUCACCUGGGUUUUAGGUGAAUUGAUGGUAGGUUGGGAUUGUUACAAUAAUAAAGCUUGUAAAUUGCCAGAUUGGUUAGUAAAAGAAAAACCUGAUAGACAUAUUGCAACUUUUAAAUACCUGUUUUUCGAACCAAAUAGAGGUUUAUUAAAAGAUGAUCCAAACUAUGACGAGGAGGAUUAUGGUAACCCAAAUUCAUUUUUAACCUAUUUGAAAAGAAACUUCUUUACCUAUUAUCCAAAUAAGAAAUUCUUUCCAAAUUUAGUAGCAUGGGCAAUUAACAAAAUUGCAAGAGGUUUGAUAUUUAGUGUUCCAAUCUUUUGCAUCGUCUGGCCUGUUACAAUGGGUAUCUUGGCUGGUAUUGGCCAUAAGAUAGGAAAGGACGAUUAUUACUUCAAUCAUAAGUGGACUCCACAAACUGCAAAGUUAAUCUUUGGUUUCGUAGUAGGUAUAAUUUCUGCUCCAGUAGUAGCAAUGGUAGUAAUACUAAGAAAUGAAUGGUACAGACAAGAUCUACUGGAAAAUAACUUGCCUCAAAACGAUAUUGAAGAUAUCGAAAAAGCGGCUGCUCAUAAUCAACAAGCCCAAGAUGAUCAACUGACAACAACUUCUUCAUCAUCCACAGUCAAUUCAUCUUUUAACGAUCAAUUAGUUAAUACAGACACUAAUAUUGGAAAUUCUGAUAAGCCAAUCGUCGUUUAA